GGGAAUUUUUUUCUCUUCCAUGCUAAUUUCGACUCGACUCGAGGGGACCCCAAAUAAUUUAAAAUUUUCGGCGCGGGUCUCUCGCGACUCUUUUCUUUCCUUUUCUUCACUACUAUAAACCUUCGGGUUCUUUUUCUUUUUCCCUUCCUUUCUCUUUCUCUUUUUUUCUCUGUCGUUCAAGCUUCGACAAAGAAAUCAUCAUGGAUAAGGGGAAGCUUGCUCAGCUCCUUGAAGGGAGUCAAGUCCCCAACACAGAGCAGGUCAAGGCCGUUACCGCCGAGCUCCAGAAGAACUUCUACACACAACCCGAGUCGCUGCUCGCCCUCGUCGAGAUCUCCCUCACACAUGGAGAUGCCGGUGUCCGACAGCUCGCCUCGGUCCAGGCCCUUCGUCUGAUCCCUAAGUUCUGGGAGAAGACCGCCCAGGACCAGCGACAGCUCGCCCGUAACCACCUUCUUGAGGGUGUCCUCAAGGAGUCCUCCGCUGGUGUCCGCCAUUCCCUCGCCCGUCUUAUCGCCGGCAUUGUCAGCGCUGAUAUGGAGAACGGUGAGGGUGAGGAGUUCCUCAAGCACCUCCUUCCUCUCACCAACAACGAUAAUGUUGUUGCCCGUGAGGUUGGUUCAUUCCUCCUCUACGCUAUCCUCGAGGAGGACCCUACCCACUUCGCCGACCACACACAUGAACUUCUCAAGCUCUUCCAGGCCCGCAUUGAGGACCCUCAGAGCAAGGAGGUCCGCAUCAACAUCGUCCGUGCGAUUGGUGCUAUCCUCAUGAUUGUCGAGCCUGAGGAGGACCCCGAGUCUCUCAAGGCCAUCCAGAACUUUGUUCCUAGCCUGGUCAACAUUCUCAAGGCUGCCGUCGAGGCUGAAGAUGAGGAGAGCUACAAGAUCGUUUUCGAGGUCUUCCACUCUUUCAUUGCUUACGACUCUUCCCUCCUUGCCCUUCACCUCCGUGACCUCCUUACCUUCAUGAUUGAGCUUGGUGGCAACGUCAACGCUGAGGAGGACGCCCGAUCUCAGGCUCUUGCUUUCCUCAUUCAGUGUGUCCGCUACCGACGCAUGAAGAUUCAGGGCAUGAAGGACAUGGCCGCUGAGCUCAUGGUCAAGGCCAUGCACAUUGUUACCGAGCUCGAUGCCGAUGAUGACGAGGAGGACAUUUCUCCUGCCCGUACCGCCAUCAGCCUCAUCGACACCCUGUCCAACGAGCUCCCUCCCCGGCAGGCUAUUGUUCCUCUCCUUGAGCAAUUCCCCCACUUCGCUACCAACAACGAUCCUAAGUUCCGUAUGGCGGCUAUGCUCGCUCUCGGUAACGCUGCUGAGGGUGCUCCUGACUUCAUCUCUACUCAACUCCAGCCUCUUCUCCCUACCGUCAUCUCUCUUCUCGAGGACUCCGAGACUCAGGUCCGACAUGCCUCUCUUGUUGGUCUGAUCCACCUCGCUGAGGAGAUGGCCGACGAGAUGUCUUCUCACCACGAGCAGAUCAUCGCUUCCGUUCUCAAGAACCUCGAGGCUGCCUCUCAGGGUGUCUCCGACAAGAAGAAUGUUAGCAUCAUCCGCUGCGCUUGCGGUGCCCUUGAUACCUUUGGUGACGGCAUUGACACCAAGAUCAUGGCCCAGUAUGGUCCCAACCUGAUUGGUCCUAUGGUCCGUCUCCUCGAUCACGAGGACUUUGGCGUCAAGGCUGCUGCUGCUUCUGCUAUUGGUGCUAUCGCUUCUUCCAUGGAGAAGGGUUUUGAGCCUUACUUCAAGGAUGUUAUGUCUUCUCUUGGCAAGUUCGUCUCUAUCAAGGAGGGUGAGGAGUCUCUUGACCUCCGAAGCUCCACCUGUGACAGCUUGGGCCGCAUCGCUAUGGCCGUCGGCUCCGAGUCUUUCCAGCCCUAUGUCAUGGAUCUCAUGUCUGCUAGUGAGGAGGCUCUCGGUCUUGACAACCCCCGCCUUAAGGAGACCAGUUUCAUCCUGUGGUCCAACUUGUCCAAGGUCUACCACGAGCAGUUCGACCACUUCCUUCCUGGUGUCUUCAAGGGUCUCUUCUCUUCUCUGGAGCUCGAGGAGGAGGAAAUCGAGCUUCCUGGUGUUGACGCUAGCCAGCUUGGUGACGGUGCCAUCGUCAUUGGCGGUAAGCGUGUCAAGGUCAAGACUCCUGAGACUCAGGAUGAUAUGACCAUCGCCGCUGGUGGUGACGAGGACUGGGAUGAUAUCGAGGACCUCGAGGAUCUCGGUGCCGUGACUGCUGUCGCUCUUGAGCAGGAAAUUGCCCUUGACGUCCUUGGUGAUGUCAUCUCCAACUCUUGCAACAGCUCCAACCUCGAGACAUACGUCGAGCAGACCAUCGAGAAGGUUUCUCCCUUCACCGAGCACACAUACGAGGGAUGCCGAAAGACCGCCAUCUCCACCCUCUGGCGCACCUAUGCCCGUGUCUUCCAGGUCUGGGAGGAGAGCGCUGGUGUCAAGUGGGAGGCUGGUCUUCCCCCCAAGUACACUCCCCCUACCUCGCUCAUCAGCAUGGGACAGGCUCUUGAGAAGGCCACUAUGACCAUCUGGUCUGACGACAGCGAACGGUUAGUUUACCCCAUUGUCUUUUCUGUUUCUGCCAAUAUGAUGAAUACCUUGCGUUAUACCCAGCUCACUCAGACGCAAAAUGCGGUUGCUGAGAAAACGUCUAAUCUACUUCUGAUUCAUGGCACUGUUAUUUCUUGUUUCUUGCAUUCUGGUCUUGAAUCGUUACUAACAGUCAAAUAGUUCCGUCGUUACCGACAUCAACCGCAACGUCGCUGCCACCCUCAAGGCUUGCGGUCCUGCUCUUCUUGCUUCCAAGGAUGGUCUCCUCCAGGAGAUGGUCUCGGUCGUUGGUCUUAUCAUUACCCGAUCUCACCCUUGCCAGCAGGAUCUUGGCGACGAGGAGGAGGAGCAGGAGGUUGAUGCUGGCUCUUCCGAGUACGACUGGCUCGUCAUUGACACUGCUCUUGACGUUGUUGUCGGCCUGGCUGCUGCUCUUGGCAACAACUUCGGUGAGCUCUGGAAGAUCUUCGAGAAGCCUAUUCUCCGACUUGCCAGCUCCAGCGAGGACCUUCACCGAUCCACCGCUGUUGGCACCAUCGCCGAGAUUACCAAGUACACUGGCGAGGCCAUCACUCCCUUCACUGAGUCUCUUGGUCAAGCUCUUGUCCGCCGCCUCACAGACCCCGACCCUCUGGCUAAGUCUAACGCUGCUUACGCCAUUGGCCUCGUUGUCCUCAACUCUGCCGACACCGGCAAGACUUUCCCCAUGUACCCUCUUCUUUGGGAGAAGCUUGAGCCUCUCCUGACUGUCAACGAGAUGCGCAUGACCGACAACGUUGCCGGUGCAGUUUCUCGUAUGAUGACCAAGAACCCCAACAACGAAUUCGUUGCUCAGGCCCUUCCCGCCGUUGUCAAUGUCCUUCCCCUCCAGGAGGACUACGAGGAGAACGCUCCUAUCUACGACAACAUCUUCAAGCUCUACCAGCAGUCCAACCCCACUGUUGAGCAGCUUACUCCCCAGCUUAUCAAUGUGUUCGAGAAGGUCCUCAGCCCUCCUGAGGAGCAGCUCGAGCCUGAGACUCGGGAGAUUCUCCAGCACACCGUUCAAAACCUGUACAAGGCUAAGCCUGACCUCCUGGCCAACAACCCCGGCCUGCUCAAGCUUGCCGGUAUUCAGUAAACGGACAAACAUCACGACUUGACGAAUUUUCGGUUUAGUGGAUUAUAUAAAAGUGACGAAUUGCGAUAUGAUUUGAUGAAGAAAAAGCACGCACUAGACUACGAUGCGUUGAUAGAGUAUAACGUAGUGCCACCAUGCAAAGGAGCUGCAUGGGUCUAUAAGGGCAUGGAAUAGGAUGGGAAAAGGAAAAACAGGGAUGGCAAGCGCUGGGAUUUCACGAUGAAGCUUUAAUGGCUUCGAGGAUAGAGGACUUUUGAUACCUAGGAUUAGAAAGAUACCUUUCCAUAUGGACAUUUGUUUCCUUCAUACUGUUUUA